AUGCCAGGGUUGGGGACUUUUGCUUGCGCGUUUAAAGUCGUGGAGGACCGCAGCUGGGGGUGGUUCGACGUCCUAUUCUUCCCCGCUUCCUGGGGUCUGAAGGCCAUAUCGUCGAGGUCGGGAAAUGUGUUUAUCGUUGUCGGGGGAAUGCAGCUUCUUCGCACAGGACCUGGAGUGUACAGAGACGCCCGCGAGCUCUGCUGUUGGCGGCUUGAUACUCGCGGCUAUAUCGUUGUUGGGCGUCUGGCCGGUGUGUCUGGGGAGGGACCUGCUGUAAUUAAUGGUGUAGAACGCGGAAGAGAGCUCUAG